ACAGUUCUAUUUUGGAAAAGAGAGAGAGAGUGAGAGAAAAGGCAAAAAACAAGUCUCAAAAAAAGAACAUUUUCCAGCAUAUUUUCGUGGAGAAAAUCUUGAGAAAUAGAGUGAAAUUUCCCUCCAGAAGUGUUGAAUGUGUUUUGUGGGUGAAACACUUGCGGAAAAGCAAACGAUCAAGUGAAAAUAGUGCAUGAGAGACAGAUCCAUUGAAUCCUCUCUCACAGAUUGUUCGAGUACCCUUGUACUCGAUUGCAGUUUCCUUUUGAUUUUCCCACCGGAAAAUUUGCUGCAGAACAACCACCCACGGUUAUCCAGCUUAUCGUCCAAUUCUCUUCACCAUCACCAGCUGCGUCUGCGUGCGCUGAUAAGGCAAUUUUCCUGUGGCGCACUUUCCAACUUGUCAUUGAGAGAAGAUAGUGAGUUCCACUCUCUCAAUUCUAGUGGGUGGUUUUUUCAUCAUACACCUCCCGUCUUCCGCCCUUUCCCCCUCCAACAAAGUCAAAGGAAAAAAAGUCCAUCUUUUUCUCCUCUCGUAAUUGUCGUCACACCAUCAUUGUCCAUCUUACUCUAUCACAUUGUCCCUCUCACAAUCACACAAAUCAAAAUGACACAAAAAUUCGCGAGAAAAUCCACGAAAUUCUUGAGCUAGAGCAAGUCUGACAAAAAAAAGUAAAACAACUCCCAGCACACUUUAUUUCUUUCACACAUACCGCGAUUUUUCCAAGCAUUCAGUGGCCAUUUCAAUGGUAUUUUUAGGCAAAAGUCUGUUGACAAACAUCUGGGGGAGGAAUACACGCGAAAUUGGCUUUUUAAAUUGAUGAGGUCUCUAAUCAAUUGUCUCCUAUCCGUGAGACUCCUUGGAACAUCCCCAAAAAAUUGUGGCAAAAUCAAAUUGAGGGGACAACCACAAAAAAGAAGUAUCUUCUAAUUCAGAACACUCCAAAGAGAUCCUAGAAAAAAAUCUAGAGAACAGAAUAAGGUGGCAUAAUCACAAACAGUUCAUCGGUAAAAUUGUGAAGAAUUCUAACGUAUAACAAAGGCCAUCCCAAACAGAAAACUUGUCUGAGUCGCUGAAUACGGAUUCGAAAAAUGGCCAAAGAUGGAAAGUAGUGGGCGCAAGGACGUGUCACAGUGCGCUAGUAGCAUUCGCACCAAACAAUUGUUCCACGAGAUGAAACAGAAGUUCCCCACAGCUUCCGACGACGUGGUCAAUGAAUGUGUUCUGCGCAAUGGGGAUCGCGCCACAUGCGUUGCCCUUCUGCAGCGUCACGUGGAAGCUACACAGGCGCAACUGGUUCCUGGUCACCUGCCACCUCGACCACCUCCACCACCACGACCGCCAAUCUCUCCAACAAUUCACAUCACUGAGCGAUCAUAUGCGGAAGCCCCAUCUUCUACACCAACGCCACCCGCUGGCUCCCCAUCGGACACCCUCACUGCGCUAUCGCGACAGACGUCCCGCUUUGCCACUGAGAUCACAAUCCCGCCUCGAGAGCCCAGGGAGGCCUUUGAGUCUCCGGAUGAACAUACACCAACAACGACCCCAAAGGCACCCAGACGUUACACUUCCGUCAAGUUUAAUCUCAAAGACUUCAGUCAAGAUCCAGACUCAGCUGGAGAUGGAAGUGUAGAGCUGCUACAGGCCACAAAUAUCACCUACUCCAGUAGUUCCCUGAAUUCUGAACAGGGCUAUCAGAGUCGUCUGCACAUCAAUGUGGGUCGCAAUGGAGGGGUCAUAAGUGCCGUUCGAACACGACCAACUCACAAUGUCCAGGCGCUAGCGCCCCUGGAACCGCCAUCGCCACCUCUACCACCACCCACGCACAGUCCCAUACCCGAGGACAGAAGCGUAAACAAUCAACUUCGGAUCAAGAGUGCCCUCCAGAAUGAAUUUAUGAAUGAUCAGAAGCGAUUGGUGAAGAUGCAGAGGAGUCUUGAGAUACUGCGUGAACCCUUUUCUGCCGAGAGUUCCCAGAGAGUCCUUCAGGAGAUCACCCAAUUGCGUUGCGACUGUGAGAGAAUGGCAAGAGCUGUGGAGAAAUACGGGCCAUAUGUUCUGGGUGAGACAAAUGAGGCAUUUUACGAUAACAUCUACACAGGCCAAAAACUACCAGCCCAAGUUCGACGGAGUCGUUCAACGAGAAUAUCCCAGUCUACAAGUCAGUCUGUCAUCAAUCACCAUUUGCAGGUGCUUUCGGGACGUCCCAAUGGACUGUCCAUGGGCACGCAAGAUGGAACAUGGACUUGCUGUAUGUGCACUUUUGGCAAUCAUCCCCUAAUGGACAACUGUGAGCAGUGUGAUAUGCCGAGAUUCAACUCAGCAGCUCCAACACACUCCACGCACGUCUUCCAGAUGGCCGGCUUCAACAGUAGCUACCACGAGAGUGUCAAUGGGAGCCUCCUCUAAUGGACAACACAUUGUGAUUAUUUUCUUUAUCUUUUCGUCUGAGUACGAUACAAAAAGAACUUCCUGCAAUAAAGUGAGAGUGAGAUUGAGA